AAUUGAAAUUUAAACGAUUGUUCCGUUUAAAACUAUUUCCAUGAUUUUCUUUGUUGUGAUUGUGAACUGAAAUUUUAACGUUUUCUACUGGAAAUUUACUUUUUACUUCUAUUUAAUUUGGACAAUUUAUAAAAUGUCGCAACAGCAAACAUCAAAUACUAUAACUCUUCGGGGUUCUGCUCAGAUUAUUUGUGAAUAUCUCAAGUAUGCAAUCAAUUCAGUGUUAUUUCAGAGAGGUCUGUAUCCUCCUGAGACUUUCAAAGCUGAGCAGCAGUAUGGUAUUACCCUUUUAUUGUCAGAAGAUCCUGAAAUAAAGAAGUUUUUGAUGAAUCUCCUCUCGCAAAGUGAAGAAUGGAUAGUCAGCAAAAAAGUUCGAAAGCUCUCCUUAGUCAUAAUAAAUGUUGCCAACAAGGAAGUCCUCGAAUGCUGGGACUUCAAUGUUCAAUACGAAGAUGGCGACCCUGUAUUAUCCAAAGAAAAAAAUGAAAGUAUUGGUACAAAAGAAUUGAAAAAAAUCCAACAAGAAAUUAGGGAUGUUAUGCUGCAAGUUGCUGCAACCAUUUCAUACUUACCGUUCUUAGACUGUAGGUGCACAUUCGAUGUUUAUGUCCAUGCGAAAACGGACUGUGAAAUACCUGAAAAAUGGGCAGAAGCUGAGUCUGUUUCCAUUGCCAAUGCCCAAAAUGUACAGUUGAAAACAUUUUCCACAAGUUUACAUAAAAUGGAAACUGUUGUCACUUAUAAGUUAGUUGAUUAAGAUUUAAGUGAUAAGGUUCUUUUAUGCUGUGUUUUCAUUAAGAAAAAUUGUUAUUUCGAAGAUGAACUUCAUUGAAAAUAAUAUCAACUUUCUGUGGUGGUUUUCUCAAUCUGAUACAACAUUAGAACUUUCUAGAAUUUAUAGAUUUCUUGAAAGGCUGGCAACGGUCCUGUGAUGUCCCUGGUAUUGCAGUUGUUCAGCAUGCGAGUUUGCCGCCCUAUUUAAUGAAAUUAAAGUGUGGGAUUAUCAGAAGAGCAUAAUGAACAUCGAUAAACACAGUAGGUAGGUAUGGUAUGUUUCCAUUAUGUGUAUUUUCAGUUUAGAUUGCUAAACAAUACUACUGGAUUUUAAAACGACUGUUCUCUAGUGAUCAUGAAGUAUGGUCUAUUAAGAAUCUUAUUUCACAGAUCUAUUAAAUACAUGCAUAAAUGAAUGUUAGAUAUAGGUGUAAGUAAUUAAUUUAUUAUUUAUAUUAAUUGCAUAUAAAAGUGUAAAAAUGUUAUAUUUCAUAACUGGCUGUUUUGUACAGCUCCACCAACGGUAAUCUGUUUGACCUCUGUUCAUUACCUAUUUCAAAUUAUAUCAAAAUCGGUCCAGUGGUUUAUCUAAGAUAGUUUUUCGAAUUUAUAUAGUAUGGAUGUAAAAUAGGCGGAAUAGCGAUAGGCGGAAUUAGAAUUAUUUUUUGUAAUAAGAGGUCUGAUGUUUUACCAGUAUGUAUUUGUAAAUAUAAUUAAGUUAGCCUGUCUGUAAGUGUACUUGUAUUUUAGAUUCCCAUUUUUCAAAUUUGAAAUAAAAUUUGGUUGCUAAAAUAUCCUUGA